AUGUCUCAUUUCGAACGCUUCAAAGCCAAUCGCUGCUCGGUCAACGAAUUCUCGCGCGGCCGUGCGCCUCGUCGCGAUGCUCGCAUCUGGAAGAACCCUGGAUUGUACAAGACGGCCCUUUGUGACUACUGGAUGGCCGAUGCGAAUUGCCGGUUUGGUCCCCAGUGCUGGUACGCGCACGGACCGCAGGAGCUGAAUACAAAAGAGGACGAGGAACUUGAAGAAAAGUCGAUCCCCCGCCGCAGCGUGCUGCCGCCUAUCCCCCGUCUCGUAUCCACACCAAGCGCCCGUGAACGUGCUAGUCCACGGAAUACAACACUUUCGUCAGGUCCACCUGCAGAUAUUCUUCCUGGUUACAUGAAACGCAUCCGUGACGCCGACGGCAACGAGAGUUACACGUUCGUACCGACACCACAUCACUAUAACUUUGGACGUCAAGACAAGACCGAGUACAUGUCGCUGGCUCCGGGCACACCAUCGUCAGUGACGUCUAAGGUCUCCAGCUGGGCCUUCAAUUUACCCUCGGCCUCCAGUGGAAUCGGUAGCCGGUGUGAGUCGCUUUAUUCCCGACCCUCUACCGGACAGAAUUCGUGGGGAGCAAGUUAUGGCGAUUCCAGUGAUGUCCCUCUAUCUCCCGAUGCUCAACCUUAUUCGCCGCAAGGUCUCAACCAAAGCUGGUUACUC